AUGUUCAGUAACGACAAGAGAAAUUCUCGGUCAUUCUCCAACUCCGUGACAUUGUCGUUGGACAGCCUGGCCACCGCCAUGGCGUUGUCGCCCUGGGGUCGAGAUGUCGCGCUUGCUGGGCGUCGUGGAUUAUACAUUAUCGAUCUCGAUAACCCAUUCUCCCCGCCUCGAUGGGUCAGACACUUAACUUCUUGGGAAGUCCCCGAUGUUCAAUGGUCGCCCCAUCCUCAGCGACCUUAUUGGGUGGUUUCUACUUCGAAUCAAAAGGGGAUCAUUUGGAACUUGUCGCGGUCGUCAGCUUCGGCGCAUGAACAUAUUUUACACGGCCAUGAACGUGCCAUUACCGAUAUCAAUUUCCAUAAUGUCCAUCCAGAAAUCAUUGCCACCACCUCGGUGGACUCCCAUUGCUUGGUAUGGGACGUUCGAGCUAAUCCAAAACGCCCGGUACAUGUGGUAUGUGAUUGGGAUAGUGGGGCAUCGCAAAUAAAGUGGAAUUUCAAAAACGAUUAUGUAUUUGCCAGUGCCCAUGGAGAACGAAUAAAUAUUUGGGAUACCAGAAAUGGCAACACUCCAUUGUGUCGAAUAACCGCCCACGAUGGGAAGAUCAACGGAUUGAAUUUCAGCCGGACUAAAGAAACAGAGCUUUUAAGUUGCUCGAAUGACACCACGGUGAAAAGUUGGGAUUAUGGUAGUGGCGAGUUGCAGAAGAAUUUCGUGAUCAAUGCCAAUUUCCCAGUAAUGAAGGCCCGGUAUUUGCAGUUUAGCGAUUCUUUGGCGAUCAUGCCAUUACGAGGCGGAGAUAAUGCGUUAAAAAUUGUCGAGACUCCCAAAAACAACUCGAUAGUGGAUUUGAACCCUAUUCAAGAAUUCAAAGCCCAUCAGAAACCAAUAACAGAAUUCUUGUGGUGUAAAAGAGCGUCAAAAAAUGAGAAUAUGAAUAAUGAAUUCCAAUUGAUCACUUGGGGCUCCGAUAAAGAAUUGAAGGUGUGGAAAACCGAGGAAAGUUGUUAUCAACGACUACAUUAUAAUUAUAAAGGACCAAUGUCCCCUAAUGAUAUAAGUUUGAGAAAACUGUUAAAUCGUUUCAACUAUGUCACGUAUCGUGAUGAGCCGCAAUCAACUUACACUUCAAAUUACGGGAAAAUCUCUAACAUUUUGACUUCCGAUGUCAAUUGGCUAACCAGUGAGAUUGAAAAUUAUGGGCACUUGAAAUGGAUUACCAACGUCAAGACCGAAGGAGAGAGUAAUCCUCAAGAUCCUUAUAAUUUGGGUAAGGAAUUAGGGUUGACUAAUAUUAAAGCCCUUGAAGAAUUCCAGAAUAUUAGAUUUGAAAAUAUCAAUAUCGGGGAAGGUAAAUUAACAUUAUCAUUAUAUUCUUCGAUAUUGACCUCUUUAGAAGAUGCGAUUAUUUGUUCAGAUAAGGACAAGCCGAAAAUGAAAGAAUCAGGGUCAAAUGAUAAUAAUGGCGCGGGAGGAUCUACUAACGCCAACGACAAUAAUGGUGAAAUAAGUAGUAGGCCAUCAACUCACGAUGAUAAAUCAAAGAAUAAUAAUGCUGAAGGUGAUAAAGAUAAUAAUCGAGCCAAAAUGGAAGGACAAUCAGAUAGCUCAAAGAAAUCGGAAACUCAAAGUGUCGAGCCGGAAAUUCAUCCGCUGCUGAUUUUCCUUCGGAUAAAGAUCAAUUUUCCAAGGAAUUAUCCUUUCAAAUCGCAUCCCCAUUUUUUCAUUGAAUCGAAUCAUGAUACCAGUAGGAGAGAUCGUGACAAGAUCAAAAUUUUGUUAGAAUACGUGGCCCGAAAAUGUUGUGAAGUUGAUCGAUUUUGUCUUGAUAUUCUUUGCGAAAUAUUGCUGGGCAGAACCGUCCACUUGGACCAGUUAUUAAAAAUCACUAGUGGAACAAGCACUGGUGAUGUAUCUGAAAAUUCUGAAGUAGAAUAUGAAGAAGACGAAAUAAAGCAGCGUCAAGGAGACGAAUAUCCAACUUCUGAUGGUGAUCAUUAUGGAGUAACCGGGUCAGGAAAAUCUAUUGCUGCCGAAGUCGAAGAAGAAGAAGAAAAAGAUGUUAUUGACGAUAAUGGCUAUAAUGGUGGUGACGACGAUGAUGAUGAUGGUGACGACGACGAUGAUGAUGACGAUGAUGACGAUGAUGAUGACGAUGAUGACGAUGAUGAUGACGAUGAUGACAUGGAAAAUCUUUUUGGGAAAAGGGAAGAGGAGCCUGAUUACAAUGAUGAAGGUUCAAAUAUCUAUGAUUUCCCCCAAACAGGAUCGAUCUACGAGGAAGAAGCGGUGAUUUAUUUUGGCGGUUCACAAGGGGAAUUCAAAACCAGAAAAGCUUAUAAUAUUCCUUGCGAUAUCAGUUGUGGGGCAAGUUGGGCACCAAAUGGGCAACUCAUUGUGUUUGCAUCGCCAAAAACCAAAAAGCGUGCCAACAAAGUUCACUACGGUUCGGAUCCGCUUCUAAGCAAGCAAACUCAAAAUUAUAGACUUAUUUAUUCCAAGAAAUCAGGAGUGAACGCAUUCACCCCUAAUUUCUUCAGUGCCAAUCAACCAGAAGAAGAAGAGAAUGAAGAAGAAGAAGAAGAGCACGACGAUUUUGAUGAAAAUGGGGAAAUGGAUGACGAUUAUGAAAAACGGGAAUUCUAUAACGAUUAUGACUCGAUAUCUGAGGGAUCUCAAGAACGUUUCACAGACCAUUAUGGUGGGUACGGGAGUUCAAAAAUGACCCGUUCAAGGGAAGACAAUGGUUCACAAUCUCAACGGAUUUUCAAUGUUGUUGCGUGCCUUGACUUUUCAUUAAUUUUACCUUCCAAAUUUGACUUGGCUCAGAAUUACCAAAUCAGUGGCGGUCGACACGCCAAGGCUUAUGACAUUGCUGCUCAUAACGCGGAAGUAUCCAGUGAUUUGUUACUUCAAAGCUUGCUAUUGACAGAAGAGCUCUUGGAGAUCACCAAUGUAUGGAAUCUUGUUAAAGUUAUCGUAUUGAAUAGCGAGCUUGCAGAAGACGUGGUGGAUGUGAGAUUAAACCAAGUGCUAGGGAACAAUUUCAAGCAACCUUAUGUUUAUGAUGCUGAUUCGGGGUUAGGCCCCCGAUCAUUUGAAACCCAUGGUUUUGUGAAGGAAAUAAUUGAAUAUUUUGAAACCAGGCACGAUAUUCAAAUGCUAGCGAUGUUGUCGUGUUUAUUAUUUGAAAACGGGAAAUUUACCACCGCCGCCGAAGCCGCCACCGCCACUUCUAAGAAGAAUGUGAGUAGCCCUUACGAAAAUUCGUACCAAAAAUCCCACGAGACCACCACCAUUGUUGAUGGCGCGAUCUUUGAAAGUGAUUAUGUAUUAUUCAAUGGUCCCGACAUGCAAAUUGACUUUGUUGGUGAUCCUUUCUCAAAUAACGAAGACACUUAUGGUCCUGGUGGGUUGUUCGAUCAAGCAUUAUUGAAUCGUCUUAGAAAAUACCGGGAUAUUUACAGCGAUAUGUUAUUGGCAUGGGGGUUACCGUUGAAGCGGGUGGAGAUGUUGAAAUAUAAUUAUAAAAAUGUCCCUGAUCAGCCAGUAUCGGAGAUUGCCAGGGAAUUAUUCAAAGGACCAGCCACUUAUAGAUUAUUGGAGGUGGGAUUCGUGGAAGAAACUUCUAAGCCGUUGGUUUGUGAUUUCUGUGACGUUCCAAUCAAACACCGGGCAAUCCAAAUCUGUCAUAAUUGUCAUCAUGUAUUGCACACUGCGUGUUCCAAAAUAUGGUUUACAGAUAUUCAAGGCACCAAGGAUGGGUAUGAAGGACAAGAAGAAGUAUGUCCUACUGGUUGUGGUUGUAAAUGUUUGAGACAUCUUUGA